AUGGCCGUGCAUUUUGGGGACCAUGCCAGCGGGUUCCGUCACAACGAGGUGAUCAGAUUCAUCAGCAAUGAGGUCCUCAUGAACGGGGGCGGCCCUGAUUUUUACGUGGCCUUCUGCUCGCUGCCCUGGAAUGAGGUAGAGGAUCGGCUGAGCAUCGUCGUCGCUGACCCGCAGGUGCCGUGCAACCUGAAGAGGGCCUGUGCCUGGAGCGCGCUGGCCUUGAGCGUGCGUGUGGGCGCGAGGCAGCAGGAGCAGCAGGUGCACUGGGUUCGGCAGCUCCAGAAGAAGGUAGAGGAAUGCGAGGCGGCUUCCCGGGCCCUCUCCUACGAGCUGAAGCGCCUGUGUGAGGAGCACGAGGAGGCAGCAGCGCAGCUGCAACGCACGCGGGCCGCCUUGCAGGAGGCAUUGGAUGAGCGAGAUAGGUUGCAUGGGCAACUGGUGCAGCUCGAGUCAUUGGUCCGUGUAGCCCCAUUGGCCCAUGAAAUGGUGCCUCAGCCUCAACCUGAGCAGCUUGGGGCCACAGCAUGGGCCAUGGAUGCAGGGGAGCAGGGCAAGAUGGUAGCUAUGGGGGCACAGGGCAUGCCUCAGUCAGAGGGCCAGAUGGCAGCCACAGCACGUGUGGUUUAUGUACCGGGAUCCCAGAGCCCCUGGGCCCAGGUCAUGCAACCCCCUGUGCCAGUGCCACAGCCAUUCCCAUUCCAUGUGCCAUUCCCAAUGGGAUUCCCCUACUCGACAUCUUUACCAUCCUCAGCAGUUACGGAAGGAGCAGCCACCGUGGCAGCAACAACAAUAGCAGCAGUCAUACCCGAGAACCCUACUCCGGGAACCUGCCCACCUGGCCUGUGGGCUGCAGUGGGGGCCCAGGAAGAGAUAGCCCUACGGUAUGACCAGAAUUGCUGCUGCCAGGAGGACUAUUCUGAGAACCUCCAAGGGGAAUAUUUCGAGAACCUCCAGGGGGAAUAUUCCGAGAACCACCAGGGGGAAUAUUCCCUGGGAUACAGCAGGAGCCACAGCCAGAACGAAUAUCCACUGCUGCUCCAGGAAACGGAUCCCCUGGGGAAGAGCGAGAGCCACAAGCAAGAAGGGCCAGAGAAUUCCCAGGGGACAUCUACCCCGGGAGGCAGCACAAGCCGUGAUGUGAGAGAAAGCCCAAAGAAACAGCAGCCUCAGGAAAAGAAGGCCAAGCAACCAAAAGGGAAAAAAGCCUCAGAUUCCCAGCAUGGGGGGAAGCCUGCCUCAUGCUUCAGUCCUAAUAAUUGGGAGUGCCCGUCGUGUAAAGCGAUGAAUUUUCAAUGGCGCAAGGCGUGCUAUAAAUGCAAGAAAGUCUGCAUGGCAGUUGAGAGUGGAGGCCCGGACCCAGGACAAACCCACUAA